CUGGAAAUUUCGUGCAGGUUUACGCGAGAAGCAGUGCCAUCAGAUCCGUCAAAAUUAGGAGACAAACUUAUUCUAAGGGGUUUGAUGUUUCAUGGUUUUCAUGGAGUGAAACAAGAAGAAAAGAAACUUGGUCAAAAGUUCAUGAUAGACGUUGACGCAUGGAUGGAUCUUCGUACACCUGGUCAGUCUGAUACAGUCAGCUACACUGACAUUUACCGCAUUGCGAAGAACAUCGUAGAGGGUCCUUCUCAAAACCUAUUAGAAUCGGUGGCUCAACUGAUUGCAACAACAACGUUAAACAACCACUCCCAAAUAUCCGCGGUUCGUGUGGUUGUUGGAAAGCCUCAUGUUGCUGUUCCUGGUCCUCUAGACCAUUUAGGUGUCGAGAUUAUGAGAUACAGAAGCACCGAUAUGCCUCUUUAAGAUG